CGGGGCGUGUGAGUCGCAAGGUACCGGCUACAAGGAUGGGGCAGCAGAGAGCGCACAGUUCAACCAGAUGUCGGGGAUGGCCAUGACCGGGAAGGGGGACCUUCUCUUCAUAGCAGACUAUCAGAACCAUCGGAUCCGCCUCGUCAACUGCGGAGGCAGCUGUUCGAGCACCACCAUCGUUCUCAACAACUCGAUCCUCAUCACUGGGCCCCAGGGAGGAGCAAACGAAAGAAGAUCGCCGCCAGCUACACUGUUAGGGAUGAUUCUUGUCUCGGUUGAGAUGCUCGUCGUUGCAAGGUUCUUUGAUGUUCGCUAGCAGCAACAACUAGUCUCUGUCUC